AUGGCUACACAAUUAACUAAAGACGAGUGUAAAAAGUUAUUUCAACGAUUUGAUAAUGGUAAUGGAAUUUUAUCAUUGGCUGAAAUUGAUCGAGCAGUAAUUCAUUGGUAUCCUGAAUUUGGUACUAAUCGUCAAGCUAUGAUUCGGGCCUAUAAAGCAGCUGAUUGGGAUGGAUCUGGAUUUAUUGAACUUAAAGAAUUUCAGCGCUUAAUUGAUUUAUUAUAUUAUUAUAAUCGAUUAAGUGAUCUGUUUGGACAACUAGAUAAAAAUAAAGAUAAAAGAAUAAGUUUUAUUGAAUUUAAAAAAGGAUAUAAACUUGUUGGUCAAUCGAAUAUACCUGAAAAUCAUCUAAGAGAAGAAUUUAAUCGUAUUGAUACUAAUCAUGGUGGAUAUAUUUUAUUUGAUGAAUUUUGUAUUUAUAUGGCAAAGAAACAACUCGCACGAAAUCCAUCUGCUUAA